AUGUCAUCCGAAGUUUUCCGCCGUGUCGGCCGUGGUGGAGCCGGCAACUUCUACAGCAAGCAGGACGUCCAAGACGCCGAGAAGAAGGCGAGCACGACAACCGACCUCGAAGCCCAAGACCAACUCCCCAACCCUCUCAGCCUGACCCCAACCCACGCCACCGGCAGCUCCAGCUUGGGUCCCGGCACAAGCUACACCCGCGCCGGACGCGGCGGCGCAGGGAACUUUACCUUCUCCUCCGCCGACGACGCUGCUAGCACGCCGGCCUCCUCAGCCGACACGGCGGCACAGAAACAAGAGGAGGAAGCGGACCGCGCCAAAGCAGCCGCCGCGGUCGCAGCCAGUCUGGCGGCCAAGUCCAAGGCCGGUGGGCUCAGUGGGCGGGGCGGGGCGGGAAAUUGGAGUAUGGGUGGGAGUGAGAGGGAAGAAGAAGAUAAAGAGGAGCGGCGGAAGGAGGAGGAAAAGGAAGUGGAGAGGAAGGUUCUGAUGGAUGUUGAGGUUGGGUUGGCGCCGCCGGCGAGGGUUUAUGCCCCCCCGCGGUAG